AAAGAAGAUGCCUCUACCUUUUGGGUUGAAAUUGAAACGAACCCGACGUUACACAGUAUCCAGCAAAAGCUGCUUGGUGGCUCGUAUCCAGCUGCUCAACAAUGAAUUUGUGGAGUUCACGCUGUCGGUGGAAAGCACGGGCCAGGAAAGUCUGGAGGCAGUGGCUCAAAGGCUUGAACUGCGGGAGAUCACCUAUUUCAGUCUGUGGUAUUAUAAUAAGCAGAAUCAGCGCAGAUGGGUGGAUUUGGACAAGCCUCUGAAAAAGCAGCUGGACAAAUACGCCUUGGAGCCAACUGUGUAUUUUGGAGUGGUGUUCUAUGUGCCUACUGUUUCUCAGCUCCAGCAGGAGAUUACCAGGUAUCAGUAUUAUUUGCAAUUAAAGAAAGAUAUCUUGGAGGGCAACAUUCCUUGCACACUGGAACAGGCCAUACAUCUGGCUGGUUUAGCUGUUCAGGCUGAUUUUGGAGACUAUGAUCAGUAUGAAUCUCAGGAGUUUCUACAGAGGUUUGCUUUGUUUCCAGUGGGUUGGCUACAAGAAGAGAAAAUACUGGAAGAAGCGACACAGAAAGUUGCCUUGCUACAUCAGAAGUACAGAGGCCUUACUCCUCCUGAUGCAGAAAUGUUGUACAUGCAGGAAGUAGAGAGAAUGGAGGGCUACGGUGAAGAGACCUAUCCUGCGAAGGACAGCCAAGGAAGUGACAUAUUCAUUGGAGCUUGUCUUGAUGGGAUCUUUGUGAAACACAAAAAUGGUCGUCCUCCUGUUGUAUUUAGGUGGCAUGAUAUUGCCAACAUGUCCCACAACAAAUCCUUUUUCGCUUUAGAGCUGGCAAACAAAGAGGAGACAAUCCAAUUCCAAACUGAAGAUAUGGAAACAGCAAAAUACGUGUGGAGGAUGUGUGUGGCCAGACACAAAUUUUACAGACUAAACAAAUGCAGCCUGCAAACCCAGCCCGUUUCAGUGAAUCCUGUCAGAAGGAGGUCUUCAUCCAGGAUGUCUAUGCCCAAGCCUCAGCCUUAUAUGAUGCCUCCACCACCUCAGCUGCAUUACAAUGGUCAUUAUACUGAACCAUAUGCAUCCUCCCAAGAUAACCUCUUUGUGAGCAGUCAGAACGGCUACUACUGUCACUCUCAGACUAGCUUGGAUAGAGCCCCUCAUGACUACAGCGGUCGGAUCCGCAACGGUAGCGUCUACAGCGCGCACAGCACAAACUCCUUGAACAACCCACAGCAUUACUUGCAGCCGUCCCCCAUGUCCUCUAACCCAAGCAUCACUGGAAGCGAUGUCCUCCGGACUGAUUAUGUCCCAUCACAUAGGCACAGUGCACUAAUACCACCUUCUUAUCGUCCCACGCCAGACUAUGAAACUGUGAUGAGGCAGCUCAACAGGGGAAUGGUGCACACAGACAGGCAGAGCCAUUCAAUGAGAAAUCUUAACAUCAGCAAUUCCUACGCUUACAGCAGGCCCGAUGCCUUAGUUUACAGUCAGCCUGAAAUACGAGAACACGCUCACUUCACUUCCCCGCAAUCGAACCAUUAUCCGUUUAACCUGAACUACAGUUUUCACAGCCAGUCCCCCUAUCCCUAUCCUGCUGAGAAGCGCCCAGUUGUUGGGGCAGUCAGCGUGCCCGAGUUGACGAACGUGCAGCUCCAAGCUCAGGACUAUCCAGCACCAAAUAUAAUGAAGACCCAGGUCUAUCGACCGCCUCCCCCGUACCCGUACCCCAGACCUGCAAACAGUACUCCAGACCUGUCCCGACACAUCUACAUCAGCAGCAGCAACCCAGAUCUUAUCACGAGGAGAGUGCAUCAUUCGGUGCAGACGUUUCAGGAAGACAGCCUGCCUGUGGCCCACUCUCUCCAGGAAGUCAGUGAACCUCUCACAUCGGCACGCCACGCUCAGCUGCAGAAAAGGAACAGCAUUGAAAUAGCAGGCUUGACUCCCGGCUUUGAAGGGAUAAGGAUUAAAGAGAGGACCAUGUCAGCUUCUGCAGCAGAUGUGGCUCUUCCAAGAAUUAUCUCAGAAGGGUCACAGCCCAACAUUCUGAUAGAGAGAACAAAGCAGAAGGAGAAUGAGCAAGAAGAAGGUGUGAACUGUGAUCAUAAGAAAACCCUUUCAGAUGCCACUAUGCUGAUCCACAGCAGUGAGGAAGAAGAAGAAUUCGAAGAAGAGAACAAGGCUGGUACAAGUCUUUCUCCGCUCCCUGAAGAUCAAACCCAACUUUCAUCUGUUAUGGGUGGCUAUUCUCAUGAUUCAGUAUUGAACUACCCCUAUAGCUCUGUUGCUUCGCCCGCUGGCCCUUUACAUAUUCUUGAGCCUAAAUUACAUAUUACAGAGACAGAAAAGAGAAUGAAAGAUAUGAGCCCUGUUCAUUUACUAGUAGAAAGCCAGGUGCAGAGAAGAGGGGAAGGACUGCUUACUCCAUCCAUGUCAGAAUCUGACCUUACAACAUCAGGGAGAUACAGAGUAAGGAAAGAUUCGGUAAAGAAGAGACCUGUGUCCGAUCUGUUGUCUGGGAAGAAGAAUAUUGUGGAAGGCCUUCCCCCGCUAGGUGGUAUGAAAAAGAACAAAAGUGAUGCAAAGAAAAUAGGGCCCCUGAAGCUUGCUGCCCUGAACGGCCUGGCCUUGACGAGAGUGCCCCUGCCAGCCGAGGGGAAGGAAGAGUCAACGAGAGCAACCAACGAUGAACGGUGUAAAUUUCUGGAGCAGCGGUUAGAGCAGGGGAUGGUGUUCACUGAAUAUGAGCGCAUUCAGAAAAAGAGACUUAGAGAUGGUGAGUGCUCAAUAGCUCGGCUUCCCGAAAACGCUGAGAGAAACCGCUUCCAAGAUGUCCUUCCCUAUGAUGACACCAGAGUAGAGCUAGUCCCAACCAAAGAAAAUAACACGGGUUACAUCAAUGCAUCUCAUAUCAAGAUCUCUGUUGGUGGCAUAGAGUGGGACUACAUUGCUACGCAGGGCCCUUUGCAGAGUACGUGUCAGGAUUUUUGGCAGAUGAUCUGGGAACAAGGGAUUGCCAUCAUAGCUAUGGUGACGGCAGAGGAGGAAAGCGGGCGAGAAAAAAGUUUCAGAUACUGGCCACGGCUUGGCUCAAGACACAACACGGUGACGUACGGAAGAUUUAAGAUCACCACGCGAUUCCGUACAGACUCGGGCUGCUACGCAACUACGGGUUUGAAGAUUAAACAUCUCCUCACAGGACAGGAGAGAACAGUUUGGCACCUGCAGUAUACUGACUGGCCAGAGCACGGCUGCCCAGAGGAUUUAAAAGGAUUUCUCUCCUACUUGGAAGAGAUACAGUCAGUGCGGCGCCAUACGAACAGCACUGCGGAUCCUAAGAACUCGAAUCCUCCUGUGCUGGUACAUUGCAGUGCAGGAGUAGGACGGACAGGAGUGGUCAUACUGUCAGAGAUCAUGAUCGCCUGCUUGGAACACAAUGAGAUGCUGGACAUCCCACGGGUGCUGGACAUGUUGAGGCAGCAGAGAAUGAUGAUGGUGCAGACGCUUUCGCAGUACACCUUCGUCUAUGGAGUUCUUAUUCAGUUUCUCAAAAGUUCUAGACUCAUAUAAUGCCUGCCACUUCCUGAGGGACACUGCAAGAGUUUACAGCAAGAAAAUUAUGGCUGUCUGGGCAGACCUGCUCCCACCGGUGUUUUCUUCCCAGGAUGAACCACACAGUUACCUUUUAGGGCUGGUAUG